AGGCCUUUCCGCGGCACUCCAAAGCGGGCGUGAGGGGGGCCGAUGGCGGAAGGAGCGGCAGUAGUUUCAGCAGAGAGUGAUUGUGGUGGCGACCUAGGAGCCGUCGAGCCGGAACGGGGAGUGGCGCCCAUCAAACCUCAAUACCUCACCACCAAGGAGCAGUUCCACGAAUUCUUGGAAGCCAAAGGGCAGGAGAAGCCCAGCCAGGAAUCCGAGGCUGUAGACCCUGCUGGCAAUGACCUGGCUGAGCCUGAGGCCAAGCGGAUCCGACUGGAGGACGGGCAGACAGAGGACGGCCAGGCAGAGGAGGCAGCUGAACCUGGGGAGCAGCUUCAGGCUCAGAAGAGGGCCCGGGGCCAGAACAAGUGCCGGCCUCACGUGAAGCCCACCCACUAUGAUAAGAACAAGCUCUGCCCCUCUCUGGUCCAGGAAUCAGCUGCUAGGUGUUUCUAUGGAGACCGCUGCCGCUUCCUGCAUGAUGUGGGCCACUACCUCGAGACCAAGCCUGCUGACCUUGGCCCCAGCUGUGUGCUCUUCGAAACCUUCGGCAGGUGCCCCUAUGGUGUGACCUGCCGCUUUGCCGGGGCGCAUCUGGGGCCUGAGGGCCAGAAUCUGGUGAGGGAGGGGUUGGUCCAGGCCCCGCCCGUCCGCAACGGCCUGGACAAGGCCCUGCAGCAGCAGCUGCGAAAAAGGAAGAUCCACUUCAAGCGUGCAGAGCAGGCUCUGCGCCAGCUGAGCAGGGGCCCGCUGCCAGGCCCCACCCCUGAAGCCACUGUCCCCGAGGGCAGGGAGGCCGAGGGUGCCCCAGGGCAGGACAACUCUGACAGCCAGCUGGCCCCCCAGGAACCGGACACCGUUGGCCCUCCCAGUGGCCCUUUAAGGACCUGCGGACCCCUGACAGAUGAGGAUGUAGUCAGGUUGAGGCCCCAUGAGAAGCGGCGGCUGGACAUCAGUGGCAAGCUGUACCUGGCCCCACUCACCACGUGUGGCAACCUGCCCUUCCGCCGGAUCUGUAAACGCUUCGGGGCGGACGUGACCUGCGGGGAGAUGGCUGUGUGCACCAACCUGCUGCAGGGCCAGACAUCUGAGUGGGCCCUGCUCAAACGCCACCCCUGCGAGGAUAUCUUUGGUGUCCAGCUUGAGGGCGCCUUUCCUGACACCAUGACCAAAUGUGCCGAGCUGCUGAACCACACCAUCGAGGUGGAUUUCGUGGACAUCAAUGUCGGCUGCCCCAUUGAUCUCGUGUUCAAGAAGGGCGGGGGCUGUGCCCUCAUGAACCGCUUGGCCAAGUUCCAGCAGAUCGUCCGUGGUAUGAACCAGGUGCUGGACGUACCGCUGACCGUGAAGCUGCGCACGGGCGUCCAGGAGCGUGUGAAUCUGGCUCACCGGCUGUUGCCCGAUCUGCGGGACUGGGGGGCAGCUCUGGUCACGUCCGUCUCUCCCGGGUUCUCUGGGUCUCUCUCUCUCUCUCUCUGGUCCUCUGCUUCCCCGGCCCCUCCUUCCCUCCCCACACGGCCGCCUCUCCUCCAGCUCCAUGGCCGCUCGCGGGAGCAGCGCUACACCAAGCUGGCCGACUGGCAGUACAUCGAGCAGUGCGUGGCAGCAGCCCGCCCCAUGCCCCUUUUCGGGAAUGGAGACAUCUUGUCCUACGAAGAUGCCAGCCGGGCCCUGCAGACUGGUGUUGCAGGGGUCAUGAUCGCGCGUGGCGCCCUGCUCAAGCCGUGGCUGUUCACGGAGAUCAAGGAGCAGAGGCACUGGGACAUCUCGUCGUCCGAGCGCCUGGACAUCCUGCGGGACUUCACGCAUUACGGCCUGGAGCACUGGGGCUCGGACACGCAGGGCGUGGAGAAGACGCGCCGCUUCCUCCUUGAGUGGCUCUCCUUCCUGUGCAGGUACGUGCCUGUGGGCCUGCUGGAGCGGCUCCCGCAGCGGAUCAACGAGCGGCCGCCCUACUACCUGGGCCGCGACUACCUGGAAACGCUCAUGGCCAGCCAGAAGGCAGCCGACUGGAUUCGCAUCAGUGAGAUGCUGCUGGGACCUGUCCCGCCCAACUUCGUCUUCCUGCCCAAGCACAAGGCCAAUGCCUACAAGUAGCCACAGGGGCCAGAGGGGCAUCUGAGUACCCAGAGAGCCCCCUAAAGCAUGAGAAGACAAUAAAUUUUAUUCUUCUAAAACUCA